UUUUUUUUUUACAAAUACAUCAAAACGUUAUUUUAUAGAUCAACUAGCUAGCUACUGACAUUGUCAACCUCAGAACUGUAGGGGUUCAUAACGUUAGCUAGCUAUAUUGUAUGUUUUCUGAGAAUGUGUGACUUUAUUCUAGGUUGACCUCCCGGUGUUUUGUUUGAAGAUGUACUCAAAAGUUGAUAUCAGACACAUUUAUCUUUGUUUACAUUGCGGCUCCGUGGAUGCUAGCUAUUUAGCAGACAAAACGUCAGUGAUUUAUUUAAUUUUUUCCGUCGUUGUCAAUCACAUCAACCCGAAGUUGUUGAGUUUUCGCAAGAAAGUGGGUUUCAGACCAGUCUUUGUUCUGAUAGCAAGCCUAGCUAGUAAUGCUAGCUAGCCACCAAACUAUUGAUUGUGUAUUUGUCUUAAAUUGAAGAAAGAACUCCAGCAUAGGGACACAAUUAUGAGUUUAUUCAGGAUCCGGAAUCAGACAUGAGUGAAGCUGACUGACUGCACCUGGGAAGGGCCCUUUUCAUAUGUCGAAAGAACACUGACUUACAUCAGCACACAGUGUUUUUACAGAUGAAUUGCUGCUUGGCACAGGGGCUUGUGUCCUGACUCUGUAGGCAGGCACAUGUGCAUCUGGAGAGAUGGACCGCUGUAAACAUGUGGGACGCCUUCGCCUGGGCCACGACCACUCCAUCCUCAAUCCACAGAAAUGGCGCUGCGUGGACUGCUGCACCACCGAGUCCGUGUGGGCCUGCCUCAAGUGCUCCCACGUAGCCUGUGGCCGCUUCAUGGAAGAGCACUCCCUCAAACACUUCCAGGAGUCACGCCACCCCCUGGCCAUGGAGGUGCGGGAGCUGGACAUCUUCUGCUUCGCCUGUGGGGACUAUGUGCUCAAUGACAACGCUGAGGGAGACCUCAAGCUCCUGCGUGGGGCACUGUCCACUGUGCGCAGCUCUGGCAGGCGCUCCCUGCGCUCCUCUGCAGGGGGGGACUGCACCCCCUGGGUGGGCGAGGGCGGGCCUCAACCAGCCAUGCAAACAGCCCUGUGGCACCGCAGGAAGAUGCUGCUGGGGAAGAUGCUGCGCCACUGGAGGAGCCGGCAGCAAGAGGAGCAGAGCCAGCGGGAGGAGAAACUUGAGCAGGAGAAGGAGGAAGUCCGGCGCCAGAAAAACGAGGUGAAGAGGAGACUCAUGGGAGAGUUUGACAAUUUGCAGCCGAGGAAGAGUGCCAGGCUGCUCACCCAGGCUCCUCGCUCAACCAUCACACUUAUCCCCCUGAAGUUCCGCGACCCUCCGGAGCGUCUGCCUCCACCCAAGAAGCCCUCCCUUCUAUCCCUGAAACCCCCCAGCAAUGGCAGGACUCGUAAACUCAGAGUGCGGAGGUACUACUCCCAUAAGGCUACCCAUCGGAGACUGGCCCCGGGGGUCACAGGGCUACGCAACCUUGGGAACACGUGCUACAUGAACUCUAUCUUACAGGUGCUGAGCCACCUGCAGAAAUUCAGGGAGUGCUUCCUCACAUUGGACAUGUGUGAGACUGAGGAGCUGCUGGCCAAGACCAACCAGGGUGUGGCGGGGGCUGUGGUUGGUGGUGGUAGUCUAGCCACACCAGGCUGCCCUCUGGGACGUGGCAUGGAAAAGGCAGGCAUAGGGGGUCUGCCCACUGGCAGCAAGCAGAACUCGCCCCCCUGCCUAAAUGCAGCAGAACUGGUACAGCCCAAGGAGCCGCGCUCCUCCACCCGCCAGCAGAUGUCACUGUGCCAUGAGCUGCACACUCUGUUCAGGGUCAUGUGGUCGGGCCGCUGGUCGCUGGUGUCCCCCUUUGCCAUGCUGCACUCUGUGUGGAACCUGAUCCCAGCGUUCCGUGGCUAUGACCAGCAGGACGCACAGGAGUUUCUGUGUGAGCUGCUGGACAAGGUGCAGCAGGAGCUGGAAUCAGAAGGCAGCAAGCGCAGGAUCGUCAUCCCCAUCACCCAGAGGAAGCUCUCCAAGCAAGUGCUCAAGGUCCUCAACACCAUCUUUCACGGGCAGCUACUCAGCCAGGUGACGUGUCUGUCCUGUAAGCACAAGUCGAACACGGUGGAGCCGUUCUGGGACCUGUCCCUGGAGUUCCCGGAGCGCUACCACAGCACGGAGAAGGGCUCGGCUGCGUCUCUGGCCUACCAGCGCAGCUGCUCCCUCACUGAGAUGCUGGCCAAGUUCACUGAGACAGAGGCCCUGGAGGGCAGCAUCUACGCCUGCAACCACUGCAACAGGAAAAGACGGAAGACGUCCCGCAAGCCCCUGGUUCUGUCAGAGGCCUGUAAGCAGCUGCUUAUCUACCACCUACCUCAGGUUCUACGGCUGCACCUCAAACGCUUCAGAUGGUCAGGCCGGAACCACAGGGAGAAGAUUGGCGUCCAUGUGGCUUUUGACCAGGUUUUGAACAUAGAGCCCUACUGCUGCACAGACUCUGGCCAGUCGGUCAACAGAGAGGUCUACACCUACGACCUGUCUGCUGUAGUCAUGCACCACGGGAAAGGCUUUGGCUCAGGGCACUACACCGCAUACUGCUACAACACCGAGGGAGGUUUCUGGGUCCACUGUAAUGACUCUGAGAUGAACGUGUGCAGCGUGGAGGAGGUGUGCAACACUCAGGCUUACAUUCUGUUCUAUACCCAGAGGUCUGCCUAGACCCAUCUCCCUCGCACAUUUACAACCUACACCAGGGUGUACUGUCUGCCUAGAGUCAACAACCAGGCCCAUCUGCCAAGGCCUGGCCUGUGGGACUGAGACCUACAUCUGGGUUUGUUUCCUAGAGGUCUGCUUGGUCAUGUUACACUCCAUCUACUAGCUGUAAACCACGAUGUUGCCUAGAUGUGUUUCCAGGCUUGAAACAACUCAGCCCACAUUUGUUGAGUCUGGUAGGCUAACAGCCAUGUGAGAGCUACUGAAUGUUGUACCACAAGGGAAGGGAGGCAAUGUUGAUCCUGGAAUGUGGCAGUGUAAGCAAUGUUUUUUGCUCUAUCCAGGCUCAAGACCAGCUUUUGAUACUGAUGAUGAAUUGCAUAUAUGGUUAGUUAUAUUUUUCACCUGGUGUCAAAGUGCUUUACAUUGUAUAGGAGGUAACUUGCCUCGUCCUCCAAUGUUUAUCUCCCUCCUGGGGUGAUGAACAGCAGCCAUUUGGAGUGGAAUCGGAAUCCUCCUGUGGCUCAACUAAUGGAGUUUUUCAUUGUGGCUCAAGAGCGGAGAUGAUUGAUUGCGUCAGGUGCUUCAGAGCCUGGGUGGAUUACGAGCCUGCAGAUACUAUCAGACACUCCAGAACCAAUGUUGCCUAGCCUACCUCUGUUCUGUAUUCUCAACCACAAUGAGAUGUCAGCCAAAAGCAUUUGUCUCCAACACAGUUGUCAUCUGUAUCUCACUAUGACUUCUUGUUCAUACACAUUCUGCUGUGGAUAUCUCAGGCUUAAAGGCCUUGGUUUGGGCCAACGGCAUGAACAGGGAUAGAUGGUGUGUAGAUAUUCCCAUGUGUACUCGGUUUCCCUACGUUGAAUGGAGGUAUGGGGUUGUGUGGCAGGCAUCCACUUUGAAGAUGGAUGGAAACUAUUGAGCCAACUGGCGUCAUGCUGCACCUUUAUGGAGGAGGGGCCUAGCUUAUUGAUCCCAUGAUCAAUUGGCUUUUGAUCUUUUAAUGACUUCUGUAUGCUGUGGCAGCUCUCUUCUCCUACCUUAAUUGUAGAGGCUAGUUUGGGCUCUGGUUGGAGUCCGAUGUAUUAUAUCUCUGUUCAUGGAUAGAAAUAGAUGGAAGAGUGAACAAAGGACUGAGAAAUUGAAGUGUGUGUUGGGAUAGGAGGGGUACCCAUUUCACGAGUGGAUCACAUGCAAGCAAUAUACGUGUGACAUCAUGACAUGAAAUCAAGAUAAAAUCAGGAAUUCUUCAGCUUUGUAAUACAAUGUAUUUUUUUCUUCUACUCUGCUGUUUCUAUUUGAGGUCUUUUAAAGUAACUGCCCAGUGAAAAUGUAACUUAAGUUAUACUGAACAAAAAUAGAAACGCAACAUGUAAAGUGUUGGUGCAAUCUUUCAUGAUCUGAAAUAGAAGAUCCCAGAAAUUUUCCAUACGCGCAAAAUGUAUAUUUCUCUCAAAUGUGGUUCCCAAAUUUGUUUAUAUCCCUGCUAGUGAGCAUUUCAACUGUGCCAAGAUAAUCCAUUCACCUGAUGUGUGGCAUAUCAAGAAGCUGAUUAAACAGCAUGGUUAUUUCACAGGUGCACCUUGUGCUGGGGUCAGUGAAAGACCACUCUAAAAUGUGCAGUUUUGUCACAAGAAGAAUUUCUGCACAAACGUUCAGAAACUGUCUCAGGGAAGCUCAUCUGCUGGCUCAUCGUCCUCACCAGGGACUUGUCCUGACUGCAGUUCGGCGUCGUUACUGACUUCAGUGGGCAAAUGCUCACCUUCGAUGACCACUGGCACAAUGGAGAAGUGCACUCUUUUUUUUUAUUUUUUUUUUAUACAAGUAUCUGUGACCAACGGCAGUAUAUCUGUAUUCCUAGUGGUGAAAUACAUAUAUUAGGGCCUACUUUAUUUUUCAAUGGACGGAUUUCCUUUAUGAACUGUAACUCAGUAAAAUCUUUGAAAGUGUUGCUUUUUAUUUUUGUGUAAUAUUCUGUUAACUCUUAUCUAAAUAAUGGUGACCCAUUCUAUACUUGUAUUUGUGGCCAAAGUGUAACCGAUGUGAAAUGGCUAGCUAGUUAGCGGUGGUGCGCGCUAAUAGCGUUUUAAUCGGUGACGUCACUUGCUUUGAGACCUUGAAGUAGUGGUUCUCCUUGUUCUGCAAGAGUCGCGGCUUUUGUGGAGCGAUGGGUAACGAUGCUUCUUGGGUGACUGUUGUUGAUGUGUGCAGAGGGUCCCUGGUUCGCGCCCGGGUCGGGGUGAGGGGACGGACUAAAGUUAAACUGUUACAGAAGCAUACAUUUAAGAAAAAAAUACUUUAAAACCCCCACCUCAAACUUGUAUCAGAGUUUCUAAGCUCAACAUCACGAGACGCCCGGGAACGCUUGCGAAACAGACCAGGUCGGGGUUUGAGAAGUCAAAUAAGAGAAGUGAAAAAUUCUUCCAUGUUUGCACAACCUAGAUUCUAUACCAAUGUCUUCAGUAGUUGAACAUGUUAUUACCUUCUGAAAGUGACACACUGAGAUGUUUUCAUUUUUGUCAAAUAAUACUUUAUAUCGAAGGAGUGCCUUUGAUUUGACGGCCUGCAAAUACGCAGUUCGGCGCGAGAUGACCGUUAGACCCGAUUACAUGUUUCUACGCAUGAGCUAUGAGCGAGCCAACAUCGCCAUGACAUCGCCUACAAGUGUGAUCGGGGAUUUCUAUUGGGAAAGCAGUUUUUUGCAUAUCUUCAUACUGUACUGUCUUAGCUUGUAUCUCAAAUAGACCGUUUAAAAAAUGUCCUCAUAGAACAUGAGGAGGAUGAGCUGGCCAAACAACGGUCUACUUAAUGACCGGUAUAAGCCCACACCUUUCCAACAGAAAAGCUGCUUUUUAACAUAUUUAUUUCGAUUUUUUUAGAAGGAAAUCUAUUUUACUCAUAUUGUAAGUAAUUAUAGGUCAUAUUUCAUAGAAAUGCUGGGCAGUUACUUUAAUAGUUUGCCAGGUAAUGAAGAUAUAUUGUACUGCUGGUCUUGAUAUGAAUCAAAUAAAUUAAUUUGUGAACUGUUUCAACUUUUACAAUCUAAUGACGAUGAAUGUCUUACUUUGAGGUCAGGUGAGGCCUUUCCAUUGGCCUGUCAUGAUCUCUUGAGUUCAGUCCUUUAUUGUAAAAGCACCUGUUAUCAAUGUAAUAGUCAAAUGGGGUUUGCCGGUUAAUACUGAUUAAAAAAACAAGAAAUGA